AGUUCCUUAAAUAAAAAUGGCGUCUAACGAAUGUGGUAUAUUUUCGGAAGACGGAAGAUUAUUUGGUUAUUGUGGUGUGGAUGGAAAACUAAAGAUUUGGGAUCCAGUUGCGGGUACACUAAUACAAGAAUACACACCGAAUUUGCACUUGGCUUCACCUUGCACAUGCCUGUCAUGGUUAAGGACUUCAAAAAGUUUGUUGUCGGGAAAACCGCCCCCGAAGAAAAAGAAGGCGAGGCUGUCGGGGCAGGGCAGCGUGGACGUGGUGGGGAUGGGGCUGGCGUCCGGCAACAUUCUGCUGUACAGCACGGCGGUGGGGGAGGUGGUGUGCCAGCUGCAGGGCGGCCACACCGGGACGGUCAACCACCUGGCGUGGAGCAGGGGCGCCAACCUGUUCUCGUGCGGCGACGACGGCCACGUCGUGGAGUGGACCCUGCACGAUUCCGCCGUCAGCAGCAAGUGGAAAGCCGACAACGGGCGAGUGACGUGCGUGCUGGUGCUGCCCGAGGGAGAGACGCUGCUCUCGGCUAGCCAGACCAUCAGGUGGUGGGACCUGAAGAGCAAGCAGUUGCUGCGCUCCUUCGUGGGGCACACCUCGCACGUGGUCUCCCUGACGCUGGUCGCCCCUCCCGGCCGCAGCAACACGGACAGCAUGUACUUCCUCAGCGCCAGCAGGGACGACCGCUUCGUCAGUGCCUGGUCUCUGAAUCAGGGGAAGGACUGUGUUGCGACGUUUGCGACGGAGGAUGCAGCGAGGAGUGUGUCCGUGGUGUUCGGGGAAGGAGAGCAGUCGAGCGUCUUGGCUGCUGUCACCAACACAGGGACGCUGCACAUGUUCAGGCACCAGUUGAAUGGGAAGCGCUUAAAGCCACUGAAGCCCGAGUGCACAGUCACUGUGUCAGUCGAAGAUAAGAAGCAGAAGGAGACAGUGCAGUCAGUGCCAAUCAUUGCAGCCAAUAUCUCCAACAGUCAGGAAAUUCUGAUUGUCUAUGGCAGCCCUGCUCUACUGACCUUCGAGAAAAUUCCUGCAAGUCACAGUGACAAGGUUGUUCGCUUGGUGAGACAAACCUCUAGAAGGAAAUCAGCCAGCAAACAAAGUGAUGUAUCCAAGGUGAUGGUGCCAAUUGUGGGUGAUGAUGUAGAGUUUGUGACAUCAGCGGGGCCCAGUAAUGCCCCCAAGAGGAGUCGCACGGCAUUGGAGGUGCCCUUGGAAGAAAGGCUGAAUAACCUGACUGUUAGCAAGCUGGACAAGACCACUGGCGUGCCAAAGCCAGACAGCAUGACGCAGCUGUUGGUGCAGGGUUUGAACAGCAAAGACAAGAAGAUGAUGCAAAAUGUGUUGUUCACAAGUGAUGAGCGACUCAUCAGGAACACCGUUUCCAGGCUGCCAGGGCAGUACGUGAUGUCGCUGGUCAAGGAACUCACCACCAGGAUGCUGGGCAGAACAUACAUCUGGAGGAGAUGUCAGAGAAGUGCCAACAAGGAAAUGUGCUGGCGUAAGGGCCUCCACGUCAUUUGGAUCUGAUGAAAUGGCACAGAGUGGACGUGAAUUGAGGACAGCUUCAAUUUGAGUGAACAAAGUCGACAGCUCUUCAAACGUGAGUAUCUGCUGGCCAACGACUCUCUUGAGAUGGUACUUCGCAGACUUGAUGCUUGCCUCCCACAGGCCUCCAAAAUGUGGCGCAGAUGGAGGAUUGAGGUUCCACUGAAACCCACGAGUAGCCAGAGUGUCUGCCACACAAUGCCAGUUAGAGGUGUUGUUCAGGUACCUUUGAAGGUCAUUGAAGUAGCGACGUGCCCCUAUGAAGUUGGUUCCACAAUCUGAAAAAACAGCCUUACAGAGUCCACGCCUAGCCACGAAUCUGAAAAAGGCAUUUAAGUCGGCAGUGGUACUCAAUGAUGAAACAACUUCCAAGUGUACUGCCUUAGUUGCUAAGCAUAUGAAUAAACACAGGUAGGCCUUGGAUGAACGACUGUUUCGACCAUUCGAAAGCCUGACUUGGAAAGGGCCCCCAUAGUCAACACCCACAUUCAGAAAUGGUCUUGUUUGUUGCACUCGACUUGGUGGAAGAUUUCCCAUGGAUGGCUGCACAUUGGUGGCUCUGAAUCUGUAACAUUUUACACAGGCGUGUAUCCAAGUCUUGACAGCUCCUCUACUUGCCACUAUCCAGUACUCACACCGAAUUGCAGCAUGUGUGGCACUGGGGCCAGCAUGAAGGUGUAAGACAUGAUAGUACCUAUACAAUAAUCAUUUCUGUCACAAAACUCCUUUUGGGAAGCAGGACUUGAUGUUUCAUUUCAUAGGCUACAUGUGAAUUCUGCAGGCGUCCACCUACACGGAUGAUCCCAUCAGCGUCAAUGAAUGGCUGUAGUCUUUUAAUUCCAGAAGAACAUUCGCGAGCUGCAGCCAAACAAUCAAACUCUAAUUUGAAAUUCUCUUGCUGAAGCUGCUUCAAACACACCUUCUUGGCAGCGUCAAUUUCUGUUACAGUGAGAGGACCUGUGUGUCGCAACUCCCUUGAAACCUUUAAAUUUAAUGCAAAUCUCAACACAUACGCAAGUACUCUUUGCAGUCGUGACCAGGACGAAAACCUACAAAGAAUGUUAAGAAUGUUCGGUAUACACUGACCAACCAAUGAGACUAGCGUGAUUGCCUUCAACUCCUCUUUACCUUCCUCUGAACUGGUAUAUCCUUGACUGGGCCAUAAAUCCACCUCUGCUGUCAACCAACCUGGCCCAGUCCACCAAAGUGGGUGUGUUAGAAGCUCCUUGGGUGAGAGUCCUCUUGAUGCACAGUCUGCAGCAUUUUCAGCAGAGGAAACAUGUCUCCAGUGGACCGGAACCUUGCUCUCCUGAAUACGAGAAACUCUGUUCGCCACAAAUGUUUUCAGCCGAUGUGGCGGAAUCUUAAUCCAAGCAAGCACUACGGUCGAGUCACACCAUGCAUAAAUGCAACUUAUAUGGAUUCGCUCGGACAGUGUUGUGAUCAGUGAUUCAAUCAAUUUGAUAAGCAAGAGUGCAGCCUGCAAUUCAAGUCGCGGAAGUGUGACGGUCUUCAGUGGUGCAACACGUGACUUGGCGAGAAGCAAAUGUGAUUUUGUUUCACCGUGGCUAGAAUUCCGCAAAUACACAACAGCUGCGUAACCCUCAUUGGAUGCAUCACUAAAACCAUGGAGCUGGUAUUCAGACUGUGGUGCAGAAACAAGACGAGGUACGGACAGCUUGCUUAGGACAUCCAACUGGCCAAUGAAAACCUGCCAAUCAGCAACUAAGUCUAGUGGUGGGGUGUCGUCCCAAGAAACUCCCAGUAACCAAAGCCUUUGGAGAAAGAUUUUGGCUCGAAUGAUGACUGGAGUAAUCCACCCUAACGGAUCAUAUAACCUAGCAAUUUCUGAAAGAUGGUUCUCUUGGUGACUGUUGCACUAGCAUGCUGAACAUGAUAUGAGAAAACAUCUGCCUUCCAAUCCCAUUGAAGACCAAGUACCUUAAUAACUUCAUUGCUACCAUGAAAACUAAGUGGACUCUCCCGGUGAUCUUCUGGAACUGCAUCCAAAACUGCCUUACUAUUACUGGACCAUUUUCUUAGUUCAAAACCACCUUGUUUCAGGAGAUUUAUUAAUUCUUGCUGUAACGCGAGAGCUUCCGUGACUGAUGCUGCACUAGUCACAAUGUCAUCUACAAACACGUCAUCCAUCACAACCCUUGCUGCCAUCGGAUACCGAGGACCCUCUUCCAUUGCAAGUUGCUGUAAGGCUCUCAUCGCCAUAAAUGGAGCAGCUGAGACUCCGUAAGUGACAGUGUCAAGUUGGAAUUCACGUAUUGGUUGGUCAGGGUUCUCCCUCCACAGAAUUACCUGGUAUGGUGCAUCGUCUGGAUGCACCAGAACCUGACGAUACAUUUUGCAGAUGUCUGUGGAUAAUACCACACGGUGAAGACGGAAGUGAGUGAUUAUGUACACAAUGUCAUUUUGAAGCUUGGGUCCAGUCAUCAAAACAUCAUUGAGUGACUUCCCUGAAGUGGAGCGAGUUGAGGCAUCAAACACCACUCGUAACCUUGUUGUUGAGCUGGAUUCCUUGCACACAUAGUGAUGAGGGAUGUAGUAACGACGUUCCUGACCAGUUGCAUUAUCUAGACAAUGCAUGUGCCCCAGUUGCUCAUAUUCACGGAGGAACUUGCAAUAUUCGGUAUAGGCUUCAGGUUGGUGGUGUAGUCUGGAUUCCAACUGACGUAACCUCUUAACUGCAUGACUACGUGUAUCUCCUAAAUCUGGGUCUCUCUCCUUAAAUGGUAGUCUCAGUACAUAUCUUCCUUCGAGGUUUCGUGAGUGAGUCUCAACAAAAUGAUUCUCACAUUUUGUGUCUUCUAAGCUGGAAUGCUGGACAGAUGGUAACUCCUCGGUCUCCCAGAACUUGCGGAUGGUAUCUGUUAGGGCUGUAUCCGAUGACGCAUACAUUGAGACAAUACCACUACUGGAAGUAUCUGCAACCUGAGUCACCUUACCCAUAAUAACCCAACCAAAUAUACUGUGCAACGCUACGGGAACUCCCUUCGAAGGCUGGUACCGCCCACCAUCAAACACGUCUGGAUAUACAUCAGCACCAAGAAGGAUAUAAAUUGCUCCUGGAGUAUCAAAAGAUGGGUCUGCUUGUUCCAGAUGUCGAUACAUGUAUGUCACAUGGUGGGGAAGGGGAAUGGUGGGUAAAUUGGCAGCUAUGUUCUUCAACACUAAAGCAUCAGUAACAACGCCAGUUCCUACGCCCUUACAUGAUGUUAGAAAACAAGUAACUGCACCACUGUUAGCAACAACAACAGAGUGAGGCAGGCCCACAACAGGAACCUUAGCCCUUCGACACUUUAGCCCCAACCUAUGAACACAUUCUUCGGUAAUAAAUGAGCUCUGCGAUCCUGAAUCGAGUAGUGCUCUAACAUUUUGCAGCAUUCCGCUUGCAUCCUGGACUCUUACCAUAGCAGUACCUAGAACGACAGUGGUUGAAACUGCAGUUGAAGAAGUUAGUGAUACCACUGUCGCAGCAUCCUCCUUGUGACUUGCUUGUGGCAUAGUAAUCUCUUGGAUGGAUUCACCUGCAGGUAGUUUCACUUCUUGAUUGGGAACCGCAGUGUGAAGGAGAGAAUGGUGUCUCCUGCCGCAGUGAUAACAGUUUCUUCUUGACCUACAAUCCUUCACUCUGUGACCUUGUAAGCAGUUAAAACACAGCAUCUUCCUACGUACAAACUCUAUCCUGUCAUCGCUUGACUGACCCGUAAAAACAGGGCACUUGUGAAGUCCAUGCAUGUCUCCACAGGCACUACAGGGCUCUGCUUCUGCUGUCACUAGAAAUGAGGAUUUAAAAUUUGGGUUUUGAGGCAGUGACCUCUUUGGAAAAGGGCGUGCGGCAGGCACUACAGCUGGAGUGUGAUAUGACAUCAUCAGGGCCUUAGACUGCAGCUCCACGAACUCUAACAAUUGAUUAAAUGUGGGCAUUUGAACAUUUUUGUGUGCUAUUUCAAACUGAUUUCUUGUAUCUGGAUCAAGCUUUGGUAUCAUUAGAUUCAGCAACAGAAAGCUCCAUUCAGUAACAGGCAACUUGAGAACUUUCAAGGCACCCAGAUUCUCCUUUAGAACAUCUACCAUUUUUCUCAGUUUGUCAGGGGCGACAAUUGACAGAUGAGGAAGUUGCACAAUCUUGUCCCAAUGCAUGUUUGCAAUUGGCCGGACAUUGUGAUACCUAUCUACCAAAGUUUGCCAUGCCAGAAUAUAAUUUUCCUUAGACAGUGGGAGUGUCUUUAUUAGAUUAAAUGGCUCACCUGAUAGUGAUGUAAGAAGGUAUUGGUGUUUCUCCACAUCUGACAAGCCCUCAUUAUUAUGCACCAAGGAUGUGAAAAGGUCAUAAAAUGUGGGCCAGUCAGUCAAGAGACCCUUGAAUUCUGGCAACUGCUGCUUCGGCAACUUAACGUUUGAAGAUGUCUUGGCAAUUUGAUUGCGUUGUUUGUUCUGGCCUGUUUCGUUUACAGUGAGCUUGUUAAAUACUUCCUGUAUCCUAUAGUAGGCUUCAUCAAAUUCCUCAAGUUCCCUUUCGCUGGCUUAAGAUUCCACUAACGACUCGGUCUCUGUAGCUUGAAUAGCAAGUUGCAUGUGAUUUUCUUCACAGUCUGUCUUAAAUUGAUGUAAAUCGGUACACGUGGCCUUGAAAAGUCCCGCGCGACUCGGCUUUUACGUUGUUUAUGCGAUCCACCGAAUAAACUGGCUCAAACAUACAGAUAUCCGGCCUGGAGGACCAAAAAAUGUUCACAAAACUGAAUUGAAACUAAUAGUUUGGCUGCAUGACGCCCAGCAACGCGGAGAAACGGUAAAAGACUGACUAAACUAUUUACAGAUGGCACUGCUGAAAAAAUGGCCGCCACAGUGGCGCACUCACGAUCGAUGGCGCCAAAUUCAAAUAUCCAAACCACCACACAAUCUAGCACUAUGCCCAAACAAAAA